GGUCAAGCAAUCUAAGUCCUCUUCUGGGUCCGCGGAGGACUUCAAGGAGGUGCAGAGGACGACAAGGAAGGGCUGGGGCUGACACAUGUGCCCAUGGUGGCCGCACUGGAGUAUCUCAAGUUGGCGGUAUGUAUGUCACACACACACCUCCCUCCCCGCACACCGCACCGAUGGUUGCAUGGCAUGCAUUGAUCAUUGAUUGAUUGAUUGGUCUUGGUGUGGUGUGUGUGGAUUGAUUGCAUUCAAUCAACACAUCAGGUUGAUAGUGUGCAGCACCUCCAUGGCAUCCACUUUCUCAACAACGACCAGGAAGUCGACAACCGUAAGCCGCACACACACCCACUUACUGCACACACGCAUCGCAUCACCUGAUGACACACACGAGAAAUGCCAUGCGUGUGUAUCCGUAUCGUAUCUCCUUUCGUCCGUCCAUCCAUGUGUGUGUUCAGACCUGCUCCCCUUCACGGGCCCCAUGCGCGUCCAGCAAAGGCGACGUCAGCCGCGCCGAGCCCUUCAACCCGCCCCCCGACGGCAACCGCCGGUUCGUAGGCCGCAAGGCCUCCAUCCACGGCACCGUCAUGUACUCGUCGGCGGCGCGGCCGAGGGGCGGCGAAGGCUCGCCCAGGUACACACAUUCACACAUACACACAAUACACACACAUAUACACACAUCCCCGUGGAGUGAGUGGACAACCAUUCUGUCUGUCUGGCUGGCUGUCUGGCUGGCUGGCUGUCUGUCUGUGUGUCUGUCUGUCUGCAGCGAUGACAUCGAGGCGGCGCUCUGCACGGCCAUGAGGAUGCGCGCCAAGCUGCCCGCCGAGUGGUACGCCAAGGCCGAGGAGGUCACCGACGUGCUGGACCACCACUGGCACACGCAAGACAUCCCCGUGUGUGACGAGGUCUGCGAGGAAAUGAUCCAGACCCGACAGGCCGCUGUGGACAAGUGGCUGACCGAGCAGACCAACCAGAUGCCCGGUGAGUGGCGACGGACGUCUGAAACACCCAUCCAUCCAUCCAUCCAUCAUGUGUGUGUGUAAGAGGGAGGCGAGCUGCGCGAUGCCAUGGAUGUGCGGGGAUCGACGCUCCGCAUUGAGACUGGCUGUUCUCAGGAGGACGUCGACCGCAUCGCGAGCAUCCGUGCCGACCCUGCCCGCGCCCACAUCAUCAAGUCCGCCGAGGCCGACCCCGAGACCGAGGCCGACCUCCACCACGUUGACAUGUGUAGCGGGUUGCACAAGGUGCUGUACCUGCAGGGCGGGGAGGUGAUGAACACCUAUGUGACAGCGGCCCGGCACGAGAUGCUGGAGGCCGCCCGCAGGGGGAAGGAGGGCGAGCCGGUGGGAGGAGAGCUCGACAGAGACACGACAAUGUCAGAUUGUCUUGCGUGUGUGGUGGUAUUGUGUGCUUGUAGGUGCAUUGCUGCUUACAUUUUAUAUUAUCAGUGAACUUGUCAAUCUGCCUCCAUCGUGCCGACGUUUGCCUGAGAAGGUGCCGGGAGAGACCGAGAGAUAUCUUUCCUUUGUCAUUGUGUCUCAAUUUCAUUUCAGGUGUGCCGGCGAUCCAUCGCCGCCUGCAUUUUAUAUUCGCGAAUUCCUUCAUCCACCUCCACAUGUGCAGCCAGCAGCGUCAUUCCUGGACUCCUUGGUUCGUCAGGGAGAGGCGGAAAGGCUGCAGCGCGUCAGCAGCGGCCAGCAGGCACGACACACAUACACACAGGCAGCACCAGCAGCAGGCAGCCAGCAGCAGCGGCAUGGAGGAGGACACGGACGACCAGCACUUCCAAGUGCUCGGUGUGAGUAGGGACGCCGACCUUGCCACCAUCACGGCAGCAUACCGACACCUGGGUAACCGACAGGGAAGUAUGCAUGCAUUCUGUCAUAUCCAUCCUUGGUCUCCCGCCUUGUUUUGUUGGUUUCGUCAGCGCUCCUCCGGCACCCGGACAAGCCUGGCGGCACCACGUGAGCAAGAGCAGGCACAGACACUCACGUGUCCUCACCUCGGUGGAUCUAUUUGAUCAGGCAAGCGUUUCAGCAGCUGUUGAGGGUUCGCCGGGAGGAGCUGUUGUGGUGGCAGGAGGCCAACAACGACGAGCCGGUACGCACACGCACACACACUGCCCGACGAGUGGGCCGUGCCGUGACGGGAUGUAUGUGUGUGAGGGGUCUUGAGAGAGAGAGAAAGAGAGGAGAGCGGAAUCAUGUGUUCACCAUGUUCACCAUGUUCACCAUGGUGCAUGCCUCGUACUACCUGGCUGUUUUGCAUUUGUCGCCAUUAUGAGUUUCCGCCCAACGAGGGCCGUGAGUGUGAUGAUGUGUCCGUCUGUGUGCGCGGGGUCUUUUUCGAGAAAGAAGCGCAUGCAAUCAAUAUACCCAGAGAGAGAGGGAGAGGGGG